GGCCGGCGGGCUUCCGGGCGGCGGCGGCGCGAUGUGCGAGCGGGCGGCGCGCCUGUGCAGGGCCGGCGCGCACAGGCUGCUCCGGGAGCCGCCGCCGCAGGGCCGCGCGCUCGGGGGGCUGCUGCGCUGGGUGGGCGCCAGGAUGGGCGAGCCCCGCGCCCCCGCCGCCGCCGCCCCCGCCCCCGCCGCGCCCCGGCCCGGACCCCCGCCCGCCGCGCCGCCCGGCGGCACCGCCGUCAUCCUGGACAUCUUCCGCCGGGCGGACAAGAACGACGACGGGAAACUGUCCCUGGAGGAGUUCCAGCUCUUCUUCUCGGACGGCGUGCUCAGCGAGCAGGAGCUGGAGGGCCUGUUCCACGCCAUCGACUCGGACAACACCAACCAUGUGGACACGCAGGAGCUGUGUGAUUACUUUGUGGACCACAUGGGGGACUACGAGGACGUGCUGGCCUCCCUGGAGGCCCUGAACCACUCGGUGCUGAAGGCCAUGGGCUACACCAAGAAGGUGUACGAGGGCGGGAGCAGCGUGGACCAGUUCGUGGCGCGCUUCCUGCUGAGGGAGACGGCCAGCCAGGUGCGCUCGCUGCUAAGCUCCGUGGAGAGCGCCGUGGAGGCCAUCGAGGAGCAGACCAGCCGCAUCCGGCAGAACCACAACCUGCCCAGCUGCCGCGCGGUGGAGGCCUGGCCCGGGAGCGCCCCCCACCCCUACGCCCCCAACCACAGGCUCGUGGCCACGGAGCCCGGAAAGAGCCUUCUGCCCGGCACGCGGGACCCCCCGGAGGACGGCCUGGAGGCCCAGGUCAGCCGCUUGGCGGGGCUGAUCGCGCGGCUGGAGAGCAAGGCGCUCUGGUUCGACCUGCAGCAGCGGCUCUCGGACGAGGAGGGCAGCGACAUGCACCUGCAGCUGGUCCGGCAGGAGAUGGCCGUGUGCCCCGAGCAGCUGAGCGACUUCCUGGAGCCCCUGCGCCAGUACCUGCGCGCCACGGCGGCCGCGGGCACCUGCUUCCACGUGGCCGCCGUGAGACUGUCCGAUGGCUUCACCUUCGUCGUCUACGAGUUCUGGGAGACGGAGGCCGAGUGGAAGAGGCACCUGCAGAGCCCCGCGUGCAAGGCCUUCCGGCACACGAAGGUGGACACGCUGAGCCAGCCCGAGGCGCUGGCCCGGAUCUCCGUGCCAGCCGUCUGGUGCACGGUGGGCCGCGAGUGACCGGCUGCCGCGGCCGCCCAGCAGCUCCCCGAGGACCCGCUUUUUCUAGAACUUUGGUAUA